CUUCGAUAUAGUCCAACAAUGAGCGCCGAACAACAAAAGGUCACCAAGAACCCCAUGCGCAACCUCAAGAUCGAGAAGUUGGUUCUCAACAUUUGUGUUGGUGAAUCUGGUGAUAGACUUACUCGUGCCGCCAAGGUACUCGAACAAUUGACCGGUCAAACUCCUGUCUACUCUAAGGCUCGUUACACCGUCCGUACUUUCUCCAUUCGUCGUAACGAAAAGAUUGCCGUUCACGUCACUGUCCGUGGUCCCAAGGCCGAGGAAAUCCUUGAACGUGGUUUGAAGGUCAAGGAAUACGAACUUAAGACUCGUAACUUCUCUGAUACUGGUAACUUCGGUUUCGGUAUUGAUGAACACAUUGACUUGGGUAUCAAGUAUGAUCCUUCCAUUGGUAUCUACGGUAUGGACUACUACGUUGUCAUGGGCCGUCCUGGUUACCGUGUCUCUCGUCGUAAGCACUGCAAGGCCAAGGUUGGUGUCACUCACCGCAUCAAGAAGGAGGAAUCAAUUGAAUGGUUCAAGAACCGUUUCGAUGGUGUUGUCAGCAACAAGGACUAAAUAAAAACAAACCUUUUGUAAUAAAUAUGCAUUCUAUUGUUUACCGCAAAGGAGGAGUAUUUUAAAGUGUAUCAAGUGUUACUUGUAUUUAUCAUGCGCAUACUAUCUUUCAUGUAUCAAAGCUUAAAUUUAUACUUGUAAACAUGGUG